CUGCCUCCCCUUCGCUCGCCGCUCGCCCGCCCGCUCGCUCCUUCUCUCUCUCUCUCCCCCUCGCUCUCGCUCGCUCGCUCGCCGAUCCGUGGGCGCUGGCGAGCUCGGAGGUCCUCUCGGCACGCCCCGCGCAGGAGCCGUGCUUUUAGUGCAGUGUUUAGUGCUUGCUCGUGCACAUACUUACGCACCGAGGGGGAGACUGCUUGCAAUACGCGCGGGUUAGUGUGCGAACAUCUCUCGCUCAGUGAACUUGUGCUUGUGCGUGUGGUUGGACAGACAGUGAGGUUCAGUGACGGCGGUGAAACGCAGUGUUGUGCCGGGAAUACGCGAGGAUAGUUGUGCUUUUCGUGGCGGUGAUCAGAGUCCUGUUCUGUCGCCAUGUUUGAAGGGACGGCGGCGCUUCCCCCUGUCUUCGCCCAGUCUGGUACCGACGACCGCGUGUCCGACAUGGAGCAGGAGGACAGCCUGGGCCUGACGGGCGGCGGGCGCGACAGCCCCCUCAAGCCCGGCGUGGGCGUCUGCGGGGGCGGCAUGGAGGGGGAGGACAUCCUGGCCAAGCUCCGCCAGCAGGUUUCGGCGGCGUCGCUCUUCAGCCACACGCGGGAGAGCAUCCUGGGCGGCUCCCCCCCUCCCCCCGGCUCGCCCAACAACAACAACAAUAAUAAUAACAAUAACAAUAACGGACACAACCUCUACGACCGCCUCCACACCCUCCUGCAGGCGAAGAUGAAGAGGGAGGAGGACGGUGAGGGGGACGAGGACUCGCGCGACCUGGUGCUCCGGGCGGAGGCGCUGCAGAGGCAGAGGGAGUCGCUGCUGUCGUCGCCACAGGCGCUCAUGAACGCCAUGAGGGGCGGCGGGCCGCCCUCGCUGGUGCCACCCGGGCCGCACCUGCCGUUCAUCCCCAGCACGGUCGGCCUCCCGCCCACCUCACAGAUGCCGCCCACGCCUGGGUCGGCUGGGUCACGCGACUCCUCCGGCAACGGCACGCGCACGCCCUCGCACACGCCCGAGCCGCACCAGAGUCAGCAGUCCUGGAGCUUCGAGGAGCAGUUCAAACAGAAAUACAUGAAAAUUUCUGACCUCGCGCUCUUUGUGAUCCGGAACUUCGAGUCAAUAUUCUUCACCCGUUUUUUCUGUUACCUGUGUAACAUCUACAUGCAGAAUUGUCAAAUUACAUCCAUUAGUGUUAGAAAUAUACAAUUAGAUGUAGAUUCUCCCCGUAUCAGAUUUGAGAAAUACUUGAAAAUGCGUCAUCGAACCCAGAUUCCACCCUCAGCCUCUCUUGUGCCAGAUGCCAUGACACUGUCCCUGACAUUCGUGCCCCAUGAGUCUCGCUCCUUUUGUAUUGGGCAAGAAAGUGUUAUGGUCUGCAGCCGUCUGCCUCCACAGCAACGGGUUAUUCGCCGCCGUCCAUGCAGUAGUGCUUCACAGUUAGAGCUCUUGCAACUGCAGCUCACUCGAAACGGUGACAUUGUGGCGUCAGAUAAUGUGUCGGGAACAAUAAACGGAGGCGAGUGUUUUGGGCGAGCGGUUUCGGGCGAGGGGCGGCCGGGCGGCGAGUGUGCGGGCGCCGCUAAUGAAUGUGUGAUCCUGUUUUAUGAUCCGGCGAGCAUCAAGUGCCACUUUUAUGUGGGCCUUUUAUAUCUUGUCUUUACGUGA